CCCGCCCCUGACGCUCCCCGGCCGGGCUCCACGCGUCACUGCUUGCGCCCGGCGUGCGCUCGCGCUUCCUGUUACUGCGGCGCGGCGUCCCGGUGCGCGCGUGAUGGGCCGCGGGAGUCCGGGCGCCCCACGCCCCGCCGCCGUCCAGGGCACCGGCGGCAGCAGCGCCGUCAGCAAGUGCUCGGCGGCGGCGCGGGGCUACAUCCAGGACCGGUUCCUGCGGCUCCUGGUGGGGCGGCGGCGGCGGCGGCGAGCCCCGCUUGUCCACCGGGGUUAUUACAUCCGUGCCCGUGCUGUAGAUCACUGUGUUCAAGACUUCCUGCUGAAGACCCAAAGCCACCCUAGGACACAGAUCCUGUCUUUAGGUGCCGGCUUUGACUCCUUAUACUUCCGUUUGAAGGACAUGGGUCUUCUGCAUCACACUGUGGUAUAUGAGGUGGAUUUCCCAAAUGUGGCAUGUCAAAAAGCUACUCUGAUCAAAAGAAUGAAAGAGUUGUCGGCACUGGUGGGAGAUACUGGAGGGGAAGGAUUAGGAGUAAUUACCUUUUCUGGAGAGGAUUAUAAAUUACUGGGAGUGGAUUUAUCAGAGCUGUCUGAGUUGGAGAGAGCCCUGGAGGAAGCAGGACUGGACAAUGAAAUCCCCACCCUCUUCAUAGCAGAGGUGGUGCUCACCUACAUGGAAAAUAGCAGGUCAGAUGCCUUGAUCCAGUGGGCAGCAGAGCAUUUCUCUCAGGCGUGCUUUCUGCUGUAUGAGCAGAUGCACCCAGAGGACCCCUUUGGACGUGUCAUGCAGCAGCAUUUUAGCCAGCUGAACUCUGCACUUCAUUCUUUGGCACAGUACCCUGAUUGUGAGGCACAGCAGAGGCGCUUUUUUGAAAAGGGCUGGACUGAGUGCAGUGUCAUGGAUAUGAAUGAGUUUUUCACCUGUUGUACUCCAGAAGAUGAGCAGCAAAGAGUGCAGGCUCUGGAGCCUUUUGAUGAAUAUGAGGAAUGGCAUCUGAAAUGUUCUCAUUACUUUGUUUUGACUGCAUCAAACGGGAUGGAACCUUCCUGGACUCCAUUGUUAUCCAAUAUGACAGUUCCUCGUCGUGACGGUCCUGUCAGGAUGGCUGGGAGUAUCACUGCAGCAGUGUGUGCAGUGCACUCUGAAAUUUCUGGACUGAGACGUUAUGGUCACUACUCUGUGCUUAUAAAACCGAAUGUGAUUCUCACCACUGGAGGCUUUGGGGACGAGGAUGGACAGCACUGCCGUAUGAGAAAUUUUCAUGUGCUAAUUAAGCAUGCAGGCUACUGGAAAGCUGGGUGUGUGAAAAAGGAAAAUCCUGCUAAAAGAUGGGAGGAGCGGUUGUACCAUACUGUGUCAUGUCUCUCAAACAGUCUGGCCCUGGUGGUAGGAGGACGAACAUCCCCAUCAAGUGCAGGCUUGGGAAUGUUGUGGCUAAAGUUCCCUGAAACCUGUAAUGCCUCGGACCCAGGUGACAUUACAGUGGAGCUUGUAAGUCUGCAGCCUGCUGCUGAACCAGCUGCUUUGCGUUGGAGACACACUACAACUGAAGUGAUAUUCCAAGGUGAGAAGUACCUGUUUCUGUAUGGUGGCCGCUCUGCUACAGAGCCUGUGCUAGGCGAUUGGUAUUUCCUGCACACUCAAGAACUUUCCUGCACUGUGAUUCCAGUUGAGGGUCCAGUACCAGAAAGCCGUCACUCUCACAGUGCCUGUAGCUGGAAAGGAGGAGUGCUAAUUGCAGGAGGUCUGGGAGCAGCUGAGCAGCCCUUAGGUUCAGUUUUCUUUCUGAGGGAGCUUGAACACGGCUUCCAGUGGCAGACAGUAGAGACACAACCUCCUCUCAUCCCAAGGUAUUCACAUACUGCCCAUGUGCAUGACGGAAAACUUCUGCUUGUUGGUGGAGUGUGGUUUCACUCAUCCUCUGUGCCAGGCGUCACUGUCAUUGACUUAAUGACUGGUCUCUGCUUGGACUAUAUGAUUAAUGUGGCUGUCUCCUUUGUGGUGAAGAGGGCAUGACUGGUCAUUACUACUUCUGAUACAAGAACUAGCAGACAUAAAAAGAAGCUGGCAGGCUUCAAAAGAGUGCUUCAUAUGAAACAUAGGUAAGCUCUGGAACUCCUUGCCACAGUACAUGAAUGCCAAAGGUUUACAUGGAUUCAAAAAGUGACUGGCUAUGUUCUUAGAAGGAAAAAAAUUAAGGUUCAGGGAGUACGAAGACAUUCUCUCUCAUUUAAAAUCACUGAACUGCAAGUUGUUGGGUAGGUGGAGUAUACUAGAAGAGUAUAUCAUGGUUUCCUUGUUCCUCUGUUCUCUAGCUAUCUAUUUUUGCCCACAUUCUAGAUGGAACCCAGUGUAGCUGUUCUUAACGUUCUAAUGAAGGUUCCAUAUGAAGUAUCUCUACAGGAGUGUAUGAGGUACAUGUGUGUUGGAGUCCUGUAUGUUCACAAUCUCCUUUCCUUUUUCAGGAGCAUCUGGAGUGGCCAUUAAUGCUACAUAAUCAUAGUAGUGUCCUUCUGCCAAAUGAGAAGGAGUUGUUGCUUAUUGGUGGUGGUGGUAACUGCUUCUCCUUUGGGACACACCUGAACCCAGAGCCUGUCUCAUUG